AUGGAGGCAAAAAUUCCGAUGUUGUGGUUCCACAACCUGCAAAGCACCCUGCAGACCCGAGUGGAUCCAAUAGCACAGACCAGCAACCCAACAGGCCCUUUCCAAACACCAACGGCGAGCCGUAUACUCCGCCAUCAGUACAUGCCGCAGCUCCGUGUAGUCAUCGUUGACAGUCAAUUAAUUACGGCUGGAUAUACCCCAACGAUCGUGUCCAGCACAUACAUCGCUCUGCACACAAAUGGCGACAUCGUACUUGCCGUAGGAAAGACGUUCGCAGCAGGCGACCAGGGUCCCACAAUCGACAGCGAGGUGGUAUCACUGGGCUCAACGGCAUUGACCAUCCGGACGCCCACCGUACCUCUCGGCGCUGAGAACUCGUCUCUUCCAUCAGUAGCGACCAUAGCGGCUGACAAAACGGUUACGCUUGUUCCAAGCGGUAUCAUUGUUCAAAACGCGAACUUGACUAGCAACGGCCCUGCUGUCACAGCCUCAGGCACAGCAUCAACAGCGGACGCGCCCACCAUCACAAAUUCAGAAAUACCCGUAUCGGCUGGAAGCGACAGCCUGGCAAUUGUUCACCGCGCGAGCUCGGGUCUCGCCACGACUCAAGGCCUGAAGGGGCUCAUUCCCGGUGGCCUCAAUGGCGCAUCCACGGCGGCGCCGGGCACAUCAUCCACUUCGAACGGGACGGCAGCCAAUAUCACAUGGUCGGCCAAUGGCCCGAUAUUCUUCCCUCGAAGCGCAGGGAAGGUCCAGAGCCCGGGCGGCGGUCCACCAGAAAGAUUGAGCAAUAACUUCCUCAAAAGGAGACGGCAAUUGUUCGGACAUCUUCAUUCAGGCCGACAGCCACGCUAUCGGAUCCGCCGCGCUCGGUCCGUGCGAAACCAGCUCGAACGAGAUCCCGCUUAG